AGAAGGGCGGCUCCUCUUACCAAUUCGCGCCAUCUUUCAUUGCUCUGUCCCCACCACACCAGACGCCGCUCUUCUUACAAGAUCUUUUCUCUGCCGAUUCCUUCCUCCACCGACACUUUCACGUCCUUAUUUGACUACCCAUCCACGGUAUUGCUUUGCUUUUUUACCAAUAAAACAAAAUAAAGAUGCCAAAACCACAUGGGUAAAGUUCCAGAGCAUAAUAAAAGGGAUUUGAUUCAUCACUAAGUUAGACAGAGCCAUUGAGAGGAUGGGAAAGAUGAGUUCUUGGUUUUGUUUAAUGGCAAUUGGGAUCGCACUAUUACUACUUCAAGGGAAUCGUAUCAACGCGGAAGAUCCAUACAGGUUCUUUACAUGGAAUGUGACUUAUGGUGAUAUUUACCCACUCGGAGUCAAGCAACAGGGAAUAUUGAUCAAUGGGCAGUUUCCCGGACCGAAUAUAGAGUGUGCGACCAACGACAACUUGAUUGUCAAUGUUUUCAACAGUUUGGAUGAGCCAUUUCUCCUUUCUUGGAAUGGUGUGGAGCAGAGGAGGAAUUCGUGGCAGGAUGGAGUUUGGGGAACCAAUUGCCCCAUUCCACCUGGCAAAAAUUUCACUUAUGUCAUGCAGGUUAAGGAUCAAAUUGGCAGCUUCUUCUACUUCCCGUCCCUUGCAUUCCACAAGGCUGCAGGAGGCUUCGGUGUCGUCAAUAUUGCCAGCCGUUCUGUCAUCCCCAUUCCUUUUUCUCAACCUGCUGGAGAAUACACUGUACUAGCUGGUGACUGGUUCAAUCAAAACCACACUGCCUUGAAAGCAACUUUGGAUAACGGCCAAGAACUGCCAUUCCCUGAUGGGAUUCUCAUCAAUGGGCGUGGAUCCAACGGUUUAAGAUUUGCAGUUGAUCAAGGCAAGACUUACAGGUUCAGGAUAUCGAAUGUUGGACUUGCAAAUUCUUUGAAUUUCAGAAUCCAAGGGCACAAGAUGGUACUGGUUGAGGUUGAAGGCACACAUACACUGCAGAAUACAUAUGAUUCACUGGACAUCCAUUUAGGGCAGUCUUAUUCAGUGUUGGUGACUGCUGAUCAACCUGCACAAGAUUAUUAUAUUGUCUUUUCAACGCGGUUCACAUCUAAUGUGAUCACAUCAACUUCCAUUCUUCAAUAUGGUAACUCUGCAGGAAGUGUUUUGGGACCUCUACCUGGUGGUCCUACUAUUCAAAUUGAUUGGUCUCUGAAUCAGGCCAGAUCUAUCAGGCGAAAUUUAACAGCUAGUGGACCACGGCCCAAUCCCCAAGGUUCAUACCAUUAUGGAUUGAUCAACACCACAAGGACAAUCAGACUCUCAAAUUCUGCUCCAAUCAUCAAUGGAAAACAAAGAUAUGCAAUCAACAGUGUAUCUUUUAGCCCGGCAGAUACGCCGCUCAAACUUGCUGAUUAUUUCCAGAUUCAGGGAGUUUUUACUCUUGGAAGCAUCCCUGACAGGCCUGCCGGUUCUGGUGCUUACCUUCAGACCUCUGUCAUGGCUGCUGAUUUCAGAGCUUAUGUGGAGCUCGUGUUUGAAAAUUCAGAAGACACAGUCCAGUCAUGGCAUUUUGAUGGCCACCAUUUCUUUGUUGUUGGGAUGGAUGGAGGACAAUGGGAUCCAUCAAGCAGAUUAGCAUACAAUUUAAGGGACACAAUUUCUCGUUCCACUGUACAGGUGUAUCCCAAGUCUUGGACUGCACUGUAUGUGCCGCUGGACAAUGUGGGAAUGUGGAAUAUAAGGUCUGAGAACUGGGCACGGCAAUACUUAGGCCAACAGCUUUACCUUCGAGUUUAUUCACCGGCAAAUUCCUGGAGAGAUGAGUAUCCCAUUCCCUCCAAUGUUCUUCUUUGUGGUAGAGCAUUAGGUCAUAAACCAAACCCUCCCAUCCUCUUCAGUAAACAGCAAUGAUUGAUCGUGAUAUAGAGAUUUUGGCAUCUUCAGUUUAUUUGCUUCUUCCGUCAGUGAGAGUUACUGUGAAGAUGCCUGUUGAUGCCCUAUAGGGCGGCUGCAGGCAGUUAGUUCCUAUUCACACGAUUCUGUUGUUGUAAUUCAUCUUUUCGCAGAAGACAUUCAAAGGUGAUAUUUAACAUCCUGAAUUGCUCAACCAUUUGUUUGUUCAUUAUUAUGAGCAUCCAAGACUGAAAUUUCGGGUAGAACACUCCUUUUGUUGAAUCUUUAAUUUGUAGGUCUAUCAUAGAAAGUUUAAAGAAUGAGUUGUAUGUCUAGGUAGAUGGAGUCUUGUAUUUCAUUCUUUUAGUAAUUGUAUUUGCAUAUUCUCAUGAAAACAAUAUGAUACUAUGACAUUUUUAUGCAUUUAAUUACACAUUAUUUGUGUCAUA